GUGAGUGAGAGAGAGAGAGAGAGAGAGAGAGAGAGAGAGAGAGAGAGAGAGAGAGAGAGAGAAAGGCGCUUGAUCCCAGAAUGACGGUGCUGCAGGAACCCGUCCAGGCUGCUGUUUGGAAUGCACUUAACCACUAUGCUUACCGGGAUGCUGUGUUUCUGGCAGAAAGACUCUAUGCUGAAGUGCACUCGGAAGAAGCUCUUUUCCUAUUGGCUACUUGUUAUUACCGCUCUGGAAAAGCAUACAAAGCAUAUCGUCUUCUUAAGGGGCACAGCUGCACUACUCCACAAUGUAAAUACCUCCUUGCAAAGUGCUGUGUGGACCUAAGCAGACUUGCAGAAGGAGAACAGAUUUUAACGGGGGGAGUCCUGAAUAAACAGAAGAGCCAUGAUGAUAUUGCUACAGAGUUUGGAGACUCUGCUGGUUUUACACUGUCUUUACUGGGGCAAAUUUACUGUAAAACAGAUCGACUACCCAAAGGCUCUGAAUGCUACCAAAAGAGCCUGACAUUAAAUCCUUUUCUGUGGUCACCGUUUGAAUCUUUGUGUGAAAUUGGUGAAAAGCCAGACCCUGAUCAGAUGUUUAAAUUGACAUCUCUGCAGAAUUUCAGCAGCUGCCAGCCGAAUAUUGCCACUUACUGUAUACCCCACAGGCAGCUUGACACAAUCUUGAUGGAAACACCACAAGACACUUUAGAAUUAAAUAGACUUAAUCUAGAAUCUUCUAAUUCCAAGUAUUCAUCCUUAAAUACGGAUUCUUUGGUUUCCUAUAUUGAUCCUUCAGUAAUUUCCCCAGACUCUGUGCCCCUUGGAACUGGAAGUACCAAACAGGCACAGAACAAACCAAAAAGUGUGCGCUGUUUACUAGGGGCACCUGCUGCUCUUAACCCACUGACUCCAAGUUUUGGAAUCUUGCCUCUAGAACCCAGCCCAGGAGAUGGGUCCUAUCUUCAAAACUUCACCAAUACGUCAUCGGUAAUGGACCCCCCCUCUUCUGGUCUCCCUGCAAAGAAGUCUGUAGCCCGAAUUAGCCAAGUUGGAACAAAAUCUGUGUUUGCACAGAGUGGCAACAGCAGAGAUGUUGUCUCAAUUCCUUUGAUGCAGACGCAGAGCACAGCCCCGCAAACGAGGGGCUGUGAAAGAUUCUACAGCCUGGUCCGAUUCGGAUCAGCAGCUGGAGUGACUGUGAGAGAAGUAGCAGAGAGAGAAGGGGAAAAGAGAGGCUCAGCGGGGAAGAGAGAUCAGACAAACUCAAGUACCACGCCUCAAGUGUUGAGUCCAACGAUUGCUGCGCCUCCAAAUAUACAGCCAAGGAGAAGUUCUCGGCUAUUUACUAGUGCCAGUUCUACUGCCAAGGAGAACAGUAAAAAGUUGAAAAUGAAGUUUCCAACUAAAAUCCCUAACAGAAAAACGAAGACUAAAGCAAGUAAAGGAGGGAUAACUCCGUCUAACAUGAACGACAGUAUAGAGAUUCUUAAACUAGAUUCUUCCAUUUCUGAAGGGAAGGGCAGCAUUGUCAUGCCUCAGACACAAGCCUUCACCAUUCAGAAAGCAGCUGCAGAUGGGUUAAUGAACCUCCUGCGUGAUAUGGGGAAAGGUUAUUUAGCACUUUGUUCGUACAACUGUAAAGAAGCAAUCGGUAUUCUGAGCCAGCUGCCCUCUCAUCAUUACAACACAGGCUGGGUACUGUGUCAGAUCGGGAGAGCACACUUUGAGCUUGCAGAGUACAUGCAGGCAGAGAGGAUAUUUUCAGAAGUACGUCGCAUAGAAAGUUACCGAGUGGAAGGAAUAGAGAUUUACUCAACAACACUUUGGCACCUUCAGAAAGAUGUUGCUUUGUCAGCUCUGUCUAAAGACCUUACAGACAUGGAUAAAAACUGUCCAGAGGCCUGGUGUGUUGCUGGUAACUGUUUCAGUUUGCAGAGAGAGCAUGAUAUUGCGAUCAAGUUCUUUCAGAGGGCAAUCCAGGUGGACCCAGGCUUUGCAUACUCAUACACACUACUUGGGCACGAGUUUGUACUCACAGAAGAACUAGAAAAGGCUUUGGCUUGUUUCAGGAAUGCCAUUCGUGUUAACUCGCGGCACUAUAAUGCAUGGUAUGGCCUGGGAAUGAUCUAUUAUAAGCAAGAAAAGUUCAGUCUGGCAGAAAUUCAUUUCAAAAAAGCGCUCGAUAUCAACCCUCAAAGUUCAGUCCUGCUAUGUCAUUUCGGAAUGGUGCAGCAUGCUUUAAAGAAGUCCGAACAUGCUUUAGAAACUCUGAACAAAGCCGUUAGUAUUGACCCUAAAAACCCGCUAUGCAAAUUCCACCGGGCCUCAAUUCUGUUUGCUAAUGAAAAGUACAAGGCUGCUUUACAAGAACUCGAAGAACUGAAACAAAUUGUCCCAAAAGAAUCACUGGUUUACUUUUUAAUAGGCAAGGUUUAUAAGAAACUGGGUCAGACACACUUGGCCCUGAUGAAUUUCUCCUGGGCCAUGGAUUUGGAUCCGAAAGGUGCAAACAAUCAAAUCAAAGAGGCCAUUGAUAAAAGAUACCUUCCUGAUGACGAGGAACCGGUAACUCAAGAGGAUUCCUACCCAUUUGAGUCGGUUGAAGCUGAAGAGUCGCAGGAAAGCAGUAUGACCGACGCAGACAACACUCAGCUUCACGCAUUGGAAAGUGAAGAGGUGUAUUAAGUCAGCGUGAUUUCAGAAUUUAAACUGCUGCUGAUACAGAACCACCUGUCCCUCCCCCACUUGCACCUUUAUUUAUUUAUUUAUUUAUUUUAUUCCCCCCCCCCCGGCCC